GUGUCUUUUCUCGCCCAUCUGUGUGCAGGGCACUGAUAGGCCGGGCUGAUGCGCAGGCAAUUUAUCAUCUUGAUCUCCCACUGAGUCAGGGAGCUCUCCUGUCACCAGUAUUGAUUUCAGAGGAUGGACUAAAUUUCCUAGGAUUUCCAUUAAGAAUUAAGAAAAAAGCUCUAAGCACGCAGGGUAGCCAGACAGACAUGGAUAUGAGAUGGCACUGUGAAAACUCGCAGACCACAGAUGACAUCCUUGUGGCCUCAGCAGAGUGUCCCAGCGAUGAUGAGGACAUUGACCCCUGUGAGCCGAGCUCAGGUGGGUUAGCCAACCCAACCCGAGCAGGCGGCAGAGAGCCGUACCCAGGCUCAGCAGAAGUGAUCCGGGAGUCCAGCAGCACCACGGGUAUGGUCGUUGGGAUAGUAGCUGCCGCCGCCCUGUGCAUUCUUAUCCUCCUCUAUGCCAUGUACAAGUACAGAAACCGGGAUGAAGGCUCAUACCAUGUGGACGAGAGUCGAAACUACAUCAGUAACUCAGCACAGUCCAAUGGGGCUGUCGUAAAGGAGAAACAACCCAGCAGUGCGAAAAGCGCCAACAAAAAUAAGAAAAACAAGGAUAAAGAGUAUUAUGUCUGAUCCCAAGAUCUUAAAUGGACACUUGUAUAGAAAUAGUCUUCAUUUUAUCUGAGACAUAAUAUAAACUUACUUACUUUCCUUUUUAUGAAGCACAUACAAAAGAAGACAGGGAAUGCAAUCAGGAAGGAAAGACUUUUUAAAAAAUAAAAACAAGUAUCUCAUGCUCUUGUUUCUCAAAAAAGAAAAACAAAAAACAAAAAACAGGGGCCAAUAAAUUCCCUAACAUCCACAGUGUUUUCAUUUACUCUGCUUGUCUUUAUGUUGCUGGAACAUUUCUAAAAGACAGUGAUGACCGCACGCAUUCAUAAAGCAAAGGAGUAUUACAGCAUCAAGGCACAACACAAAAACCAACACAAAACAUAACACAAAAAAGAAGCUACCUAUGAUCCUGGAUUUAGCCAAAGUGCUAGCGCUUUCCUGAGAAGUCAGUUAGUCCAAUUGCCAGAGAAGACUGUCCUUUUGAGUGACUCAACCUGCAAACCUUCAAGAGUUUGCCGCCUGGUGCAACUGGAGCAGUGGUUGGAACUUGCAUUUGAAACAAAGUGCUGGCUUUUUUGAAGACUUGUGUAGGAACACAUUCAAAAAGCCCCUUUCUGGUUGUGAGAGAGGAAAAAAAGUAUGGAGGCCUUAUUUUCAAAAAUGUGAAAUAUAAGGCACAUUUUCACACAAAAUUUCAAAACAAAAACAAGAGGGCAUAGAUGCAAUCAUUGGGAAAUUUUCAUGCACGCUUAUUAUGUUAUUACAUACGUUUAUAUAAAAUCCAUCUCUGUGUGCUUUCUGGACUGUGAUAAGUGACGUUUUAUAGCCUGUUGUAUAGAAAAUGCAAAAUAUAUCUCUGCUCUUCAGCCAUUUUUGGUAAAUUCAAUGUUAUAAGUGUUGCUAAGUAUAGGGAGUUUUAUGACAUCAGAGCAACAAUUAUUUCAUUUGUUUUUUUUUUUUUUUGCCACCAUUAUAAAUUGCCACAAUUACUUACUUUUAUUUUUUAAAGAAAUUACAGUGUAGUGUUUAUUCUAAGGAAGAUAUGUAUGAAUGUAUAUAAAAAGACUCAGCUACUUUUUUUCUUAUAUGUACAGCCUUCAUUCUGUUGCAAUUGAGUUUUAGUACUUGUAUGAAAGGUGUGAAUUAGAAAGUCAAAUAUAUACAUAUGUAUCUUAUAAUCUUUUCUCCCUGAAAUACAUUCCCACAUACAUUCACUAUUUUCACACACACACACACACACACACACACACGAAUCCACAGCAAUCCAUCAGAUGUACUGGAAGAGCCAAACGUGCAUACAAUAGCAAAUAUUUAUUGACAUAUUGAAAAGCAGGAAGGAAGAGGGUUGUGCCAAGGUUUUGAUGACAAAUGGGGUGAUUUGCUUCAUUGAGAUCUUGCUCCCAGGUAACCCCAAGAAGAUUUUAGUCCCUAAUGAAAUGAACCUUUCCUUAUCAAAUAGAAUAUCACUGAUAUACUGCUGCAUGAAUAAGAACCAUUAUGUGGGCAGGUUUUUGGAAGCAAAAUUGAUUAAUCUACAACUUAACUCUGGCUGCUGCAAUUGAAAACUUUCUUUCUAAUAAAGUAAUAUAUAUAUUCUCUGAAUCUGAUGUGCAUGAUGAACAUUUCUGGAAAGUAAACAUUUUCUCAACUAAGAAAGUAUUUUUCAGUAAUUUUUUAUUCUGUGUUACCCAUUUAAGAAAAUCAUUCUCUGUUCAUUAUUGACUAUGUUUUAACUUUUCUGGUUUUACAUAUAUAUCAUUAAAUAUAGUUUUAGUUUAAAACAUUAAGUAGUAGAAAAGUAUAGAUUAUACACUUGUUUUUGCAUAUUAUUCAAUGAUGUUCACAGCAAUAAAUUAUUAAUAUGAGAAGGUAGUGCGAAAGCAAUGCAUUAUUACAUCGCAAGUUGAUGCUUCAGUAAAAAUUGGUUGCAUUACUUGAAUACCUUCUAAAAGAAAGAUAAUAAAUUUUGUAGAAGAGAAGAAUACCUUUACAAUUAGCUUUAAUCAGCAAAGGCAAAAAAUGCAAAACAUCUUUUGUGAUACUUUAAUUAAUGGAAAAAAACCAAGAAGUGACCUGGAUUUCAGACGUACAGCACCUUAGAAAUAUGUAUAAUUCAUAGCAAAUCACCACUAUCUAUGGUUGCCAAGUAAUUGUUGUGAAAGAAUCUUAAUGGCUUUUUAUGACCCAGAAAGUAGAAGGUAUACAAUGAAAAUUUAAUAUCCAUUACUUCUUUUCUAGAUUUUCAUUUUUUUUUAAUUUGCCGCGUUAAAGAAUUCAUGAGUCUUUUCUUUUCCCCCGUCUCAUUCAGUCUUACUCAGGGAAAGCCAGUAAAAUAAGAAGGGAAGUGUAAAACUACUGAUUUACAGCUUGAAGGGUUGUUGUUGUUUUUUUUUUUUUUUAAUUUUAAGGUUGCUUUUCUAUUUUAUCUAUUAAGCUUGAACCAGUUUCCAUCUGGAUAGAUUCUAAAAUAUAAUAGAAAAUAAAUUGAAUAAUGGUAAUUUUAAGCAGUAUAUCUAUGAAAUGUGUUGUUUGGGAUUGAUUUCAAUGUUUCUCCCCAGCAUAAAUUUUAAAGUUACAUGCAAUGAUAUAGUCUAUUAUCAGUAAGAUUAUUUCUAAUAUUAUUGGCUUACACAAACUCACUCUAGCAAAACUUAUUUUUUCUUGAAUGGAAAAAGAAAAGAGGGGAACAGAGUUAGAAGGAGAAAAUGAUUUGAAUCCCAACUAUCUUCAUACCAAACAUAUCAGGGUUCCAUGCAUAGUUUGCAGUUGAUUGAGGAUUUCACACUACUUGGCAUAAAUUUGAUUACAUCUCUAGACUGUAACUUUUCUGAUUGAUUAUGCUUCUUUUUUAUCCAUGUAAUGUGUUGCCUUUUUUAAAACAACAAGUACUACAAUAACGUGUGAAGUGGUCAAUCCCUAAGACAUCAAAGAAAGGCCACAAAACCGUACCCUUCUAGUGCUUUGUGUGAUUGGGUAUCUAAGGGGUUUUCUUCUUCUUUUUUUAUUUGUUUGUUUGUUUUUCUGUUGCAAGGCCAAUUUAUCCAUUAUUGGAAAUGCUAAGCAAGUGGAAUUUACUGUUUUGUUAAUAAAAUAUUUCUUAAUACAA